AUAGGUAGGUGUUGAAGUGGAGCCGAGUGCAGCAGGAUCUAAGAGCUAAGGUGUGCUUUGGGCUGAAAAUCAUAACAGAAAACUUUAAUGGUUGAAGAUGGAGACUAGUGUGAUAUCAAGAAGAAGCUGUGCCAGAUCAGUGCUGAAGUUUAAGAAUACUUUCAUUCUUGUUUUCACUCCUCCAUUGGUGGCUGUAUUGAUCUUCCCCUUCACAUGUGCUGGGCCGGGGAAUACUGCAGGUACUAAUAGCACACAGCAGUCAUGUCUACCUCAGAGGGCUGGGAGAUGUGCCUUUGGUGUUUUGGUUAUGGCGGUGUACUGGAUGACAGAGGUGCUGCCCCUUGCUGCCACAGCUUUGAUGCCUGUUGUCCUCUUCCCAAUACUGGGAGUGCUGGGCUCAAAAGAUCUGUGCAAAAAUUAUCUCAAGGACACCAACAUGCUGUUUGUAGGAGGGCUGAUGGUGGCUGUGGCUGUAGAACACUGGAACCUUCAUAAAAGAAUUGCACUGAGAGUGCUGUUGCUAGUAGGAUCCAAACCUAAAUGGUAUGUGUACAUAUGA